CUUGUCCUUGACUCUGACACCUGUCCCCUCGAAUGUAGUGACACCAUCUGUGACCUGGGUGGAGUGGAUGAGCUGGCCAACUACGGGGAGUAUUCGGGAGCGCCCAGUGAGCAACAGACCUACGACUACGCCAAGACCAUCCUCUCACUUAUGACCAGAGAGAAGCACCACGAAGGGAAAGUGCUGAUCAUCGGAGGAAGCAUCGCUAACUUCACAAACGUGGCGGCCACGUUCAAAGGCAUCGUCAGGGCUAUCAAAGACUACCAGGGACCCCUGAAGGAGAACGGAGUCACCAUCUUUGUGCGUCGCGGCGGCCCCAACUACCAGGAGGGCCUGAGAGUGAUGGGAGAAGUAGGUAAGACCACCGGUAUCCCCAUCUAUGUUUUCGGCACAGAGACCCACAUGACGGCCAUUGUCGGCAUGGCGCUGGGCCACCAGCCAAUCCCCAACCAGCCUCCAGUAGCCGCCCACACAGCCAACUUCCUGCUCAACUCCAGCACCAACUCCGCCACCCCAGCAUCUACCAGGACAGCCUCCUUCUCUGAGCCCAGAGCAGCUAACGAUGCCACGUUAGCUAAGAAGCCCAAAGCGGGCAUACCAGCAGUCAAAGCCACCAUGCUGUUUAGCAGAAACACCAAAGCCAUCAUGUGGGGCAUGCAGACGCGGGCGGUGCAAGGCAUGCUCGACUUUGACUACGUGUGCUCGCGGGACGAGCCCUCUGUGGCGGCCAUCGUCUAUCCCUUCACCGGGGACCACAAGCAGAAGUUCUACUGGGGCCACAAGGAGAUCCUGAUUCCUGUUUAUAAGAACAUGGCCGACGCCAUGAAAAAGCACCCUGAAGUGGACGUGCUUAUAAGCUUUGCCUCGCUCCGCUCCGCCUUUGACAGCACCAUGGAAACCAUGCAGUACUCACAGAUCCACACCAUCGCCAUCAUAGCUGAGGGCAUCCCUGAAGCCCAGACAAGGAAGCUGAUCAAGAGGGCAGAUGAGAACGGCAUCACAAUCAUCGGCCCAGCCACGGUGGGAGGCAUCAAACCCGGCUGCUUCAAGAUCGGGAACACGGGCGGAAUGCUGGACAACAUCUUGGCCUCCAAUCUGUACCGGCCAGGCAGCGUGGCCUACGUGUCCCGCUCAGGAGGCAUGUCCAACGAGCUCAACAACAUCAUCUCCCACACUACAGAUGGCGUCUACGAGGGCGUGGCCAUCGGAGGUGACCGGUAUCCAGGUUCAACGUUCAUGGACCAUGUGCUCCGCUACCAGGACACUCCAGGAGUGAAGAUGAUCGUGAUGCUUGGAGAGAUCGGAGGCACAGAAGAGUAUAAGAUCUGUCAAGGCAUCAAGGAGGGCAGGAUAACCAAGCCGGUGGUGUGCUGGUGUAUAGGAACCUGUGCGACCAUGUUCUCCUCGGAGGUGCAGUUUGGCCAUGCUGGAGCCUGUGCAAAUCAGGACUUUGAAACGGCAGUGGCUAAGAACCAAGCUCUGAGGGAUGCAGGAGCCUUUGUUCCCAAGAGCUUUGACGAACUGGGUGACGUCAUCAGGACAGUGUAUGAUGAACUGGUGGCCAAUGGAACCAUUGUUCCCGCUCAGGAGGUUCCACCCCCAACAGUGCCAAUGGACUACUCCUGGGCAAGGGAGCUGGGUCUGAUCCGCAAGCCCGCCUCCUUCAUGACCAGCAUCUGUGACGAGCGUGGCCAGGAGCUCAUAUACGCAGGCAUGCCCAUCACAGAGGUGUUCAAGGAAGAGAUGGGCCUGGGAGGCGUGCUGGGCCUGCUCUGGUUCCAACGCAGGUUACCGCGCUACGCCUGCCAGUUCAUUGAGAUGUGCCUGAUGGUGACUGCAGACCAUGGGCCCGCCGUAUCUGGUGCCCACAACACCAUAGUCUGUGCCCGUGCCGGCAAGGACCUAAUCUCCAGCCUGACAUCCGGCCUGCUCACCAUUGGGGACCGCUUUGGAGGAGCUUUGGAUGCUGCGGCCAAGCAGUUCAGCAAGGCGUUCGACAGCGGCAUGCUGCCGAUGGAGUUUGUCAACAAGAUGAAGAAGGAUGGCAAGCUGAUCAUGGGUAUUGGGCACAGGGUCAAAUCGAUCAACAACCCCGACAUGAGAGUCCAGAUCCUGAAGGACUUUGUGAAGGGGCAUUUCCCUGCCACUCCGAUGCUGGAUUACGCUCUGGAUGUGGAAAAGAUCACCACCUCUAAGAAACCCAACCUGAUCCUCAAUGUGGACGGCUUCAUCGGUGUGGCCUUUGUGGACCUACUUAGGAUGUGUGGUGGAUUCACACGAGACGAAGCGGACGAGUUUGUGGAGAUUGGUGCACUGAACGGGAUCUUUGUGCUGGGCAGGAGUAUGGGCUUCAUCGGUCAUUACCUGGACCAGAAGAGGCUAAAACAGGGCCUGUACCGCCACCCAUGGGAUGACAUCUCCUAUGUGCUUCCAGAACACAUGUCAAUGUAACUGAUGACAGCGAGUCGGCACCUCAAUGUCAACACUCAGAUAUGACGGGAAGCAUUUUCACCUUAUCACUUCAACAACCUCUGCCUUUGGGCAGGGUAAAUCCAGAUAUGGGGGAAGAGAGGAGCGUUAGUUUUAUUCGUAGGUCACUAAAGAAAAGGGGAAUAAUUUCACGUUAUUUAAGUUAUGAGUUCAAGAUAAGUUAUUCAAUCGUUAACAAAAAAAAAGGAGCCGAACC